AUGUUCGCCCUCGUUUCGGUCCUUCUCGCCUCAUUCUUGGCUCCAGAAGUCUCCGCCGUUAUUGGUGGUGACUUGAAUUGUACCAGCUAUAACGGAACCGCGUUUGUGUACACCCCAGCCGCUGUUGCCUGUGACAACGCUAUCUCCGAUGCAUCUUGCGCUGUUCUCUAUGCUGCUCCAGACACCCUCUACCCAGCUGCUGGAAAUGAUGCUGAAAGAGCAUAUGCCUGUUAUACCACCGCUACUGCCACCCCAGCUGCUGUGGUUCCAGAUAUGAAGCAAGCCGCUCUUGCUAACUGCGCCAAGACCUGCGGAUUCUGUUGCCAGACUGACGCCUACAACUGCGCUAAUGUUGCCUUCCCACGUCUCAACUGUGCCACCAUCACCAAGUCUCAAUGCGACUCCGUCACCUGGAGAACCAUCAUCGCCACCGACUGCCCAUCCGCCUGCGGAUUCUGUAACCAAGGAGGAUGCGUCGACGCCGUCACCAACUGUGCCAACGAUCUCUCCAUUUGCCAAACUGUCGGCAUGCAAGACUUCGUGAACAGCUACUGUCAAAGAACCUGUGGAAGAUGUCCAUCCACCACUGCUGCUUCUGGAACCGUCACCUCUACUGGAUCUUCCGGAACCUGCACAUCUUACAUCGCUGAUACCACCACUCAAUGCGCCGCCUGGGCCGCCAACGGAUUCUGCACCAACACCUUCUACACCGCCGCUCAACGCAGAGCCAGAUGUGCUACCACUUGCAGAAUCUGCUAA